GUCGGCUUGUCCGUGUCCUGUGGAUUAUUGUAAUCCAGAUUUUGCAUGGGUGCUGGUUUGCUUGCUCCUUCCACGCUCAGUGCUGUCCCGGUGCGGAGGCUGCUGCAAGAUGGCUCGCAACGCGCUUACUUCCCCGCCUGCCCUGCUUUUUAUGGCCGCUAACGUGAUCCUCGGCAGCCACGCUCAGGAGGCGGGUGUGUCUGAGGCGUGGACCAGCGGUUCGUGCAAAUGCGACUGUGAUGAAGGCGUGUCGCCAACUCAGAUCUCCUCCCUCGGUUCCUCUGCAGUGAGAGGAGUGGACUGCAUGCCAGAGUGUCCGUACCAUAAGCCUCUGGGCUUCGAGGCUGGAUCGGUGAGUCCAGACCGGAUUACCUGCUCCAAUGAGGACCAGUAUAGCGGAUGGUUCUCCUCUUGGCUCCCCAACAAGGCUCGGCUCAACAGUCAAGGUUUUGGGUGUGCGUGGCUCUCCAAGUUCCAAGACAACAGCCAGUGGCUGCAGAUUGACCUGAGAGAGGUCAUGGUGGUCUCUGGGAUCCUGACUCAGGGCCGCUGCGACGCAGACGAGUGGGUGACCAAGUACAGCGUGCAGUACCGCACUGACGAAAAACUCAACUGGAUCUUUUACAAGGACCAGACUGGGAAUAACAGGGUGUUUUACGGGAACUCGGACCGUUCGUCGUCAGUGCAGAACCUCCUGCGGCCGCCCGUCGUGGCGCGCUACAUUCGCAUCCUGCCCCUGGGGUGGCACACGCGCAUCGCUCUGCGUCUGGAGCUGCUGCUCUGCAUGAACAAAUGUGCCUGAGUCUCGACCCCUGCUCUCCUCGAGGCCUUCCCCUGUAACCUCCUCCGUCCGAACGCUCUCAGUGUGUGUGAGCUGUGAUUAUUUGAACCCUUCCAUUUUUUGUGGUAUGAGGGUCAUUCCAGGAUUGGAGGACAAUUUAUCCACCAACAUUUUGGAAAAUGGACCAUUUCUUUAAAAAAAAAAAAAAAAAAAUAUAUAUAUAUAUAUAUAUAUAUAUUUUUUUUUUUUUAUGUGCAAGUUUUCAAGAAAUACAGGUAUAAACCAUACCAUUUUGAUUGCAAAUUAACGUGAGCGUGAAAGAGUUUUUGCUCAGGAGUACAUGCUAGCAGUGUUAGCUGCUAUGCUAACUGGUUAGGAACAAACUUAGCGAUAUAAUAAAGGAAACAUUCAGAUGUCUUUUUCUGAUCAUAUGAGAAACAGUGUUGUUGGUUUGAGUGGCACACUCCAUUAUGAUAGAAUACAUUUAAAAGAGUUUGAAAAAUAGAAGUGAGAACUUACUUUAUUGAUGAUGAGGUCAAUUAGCUUGAUUAUGUAAUUUCUGCUAAAUCAUGUUGCUAGCUUGUUUUUUUUUUACAUCCAAACUCCCCCUUCCUUUAGAUAUAUAAAACGUUUUAGUAGCUACGUUUAGUAGCUUCAGAGCAUAAUUAAUAUUCAAAAUAUGUACGUGAUAAAACAAAUGUUCGAACUACAAGAAAGACCAACUCGAUCAUAAAUAAAAGAUCAUUUAAAACUUAUUUUGUUUAUGUGAAAGUUGGUCAUAAAAAGCAAGGGACAAGAUCGUUUUAUUUUAAUUUUUAAAUUUCUUUUAUUUCUAAUUUAUUUAUUUAUUUUAACUCCAUUGUCCAAUUCUAAAAAGUCCUCAAAUUCUGGAAUGACCCAUUAGGAGCUAAAAUAUUUCAAAAGGUGUAUUACGGCUCUAUUUGAAUUUGAUGUUUGAUAUGCAAAUACCGGCUGUACAGGUUGUACAUUGUUUAAACCAGUCUCACACUGGCUGCUUUAUUUUUAUUUUUUUCCAAAAGUUGAAUUAUUACCAUUGCAUUGAAAUGGCAUAAAUUCAAAGCAAUAAUUAGUCAUGGCGCAGGAGAGCGAGCGUUGCCAUGGAGGAGGUACGCGCAGAUGUGCAAACAAGCUGGACCAGAACACGCUUUUCAUGUGUGACAGCUCCAUGAAGCGCUCGCUGCAUCUUUUGACACAAGGUGGUCAGCAGGGAAUUCUACAGCACUCGCCAAGCCUCUUACUACCCUGUAAGUAAAAGGCAGGUGAUGAAUUGGAAAUAGAAAAAAUAUAUAUACAAAUUUAAACAAACAACAGCCCGGGUCAUGUUCCUAUAUCUUGUCAGUGUGUCAUAAUUAUAUAGUUUUGUUGCAAUAAAUGCUACUAAUACUGAUUUUUUUAAAUUAAAAAAAACAAAUAAAAAAUCCAAGUACUGUUACUGUAUGGAAAUAGAUCUGUGUCAGCUGAGUUUAAAUAAAACAAUUUGUGGAUGGUUUAAAAUUCUGUUAGAGCUUGUAAUUUUGUGCCAGCCGAGUUCAACUUUGUGAUGUUUUUUUACACUGGAUAUUUUUUAUCAUAACAAUUCUACAACUGACUAUUCUUAUCAAAAUAUUCAGGGUAAAAAAAAUUUAAUAUCUGUGAAAAUUUUAACUUUAAGCGGUCCAGAUAUAUUUUUGUGCCACUUGAUGUUGAAUGUGAAUUUAAGACAAAAUAUUUGAAACAGAUUUUUUUCCUACCAUCAAAUUUCUAAUUUUUUUAACCUUUCAAUUUCUAACAGAUUUUUAAUUUUUUUUUUUACUACCAAGAAAUUUAUUGUAACAAUUAAGGAUUUGUAAAGAGUCUAAUUCAGGUGGCACCAAUAUAAUCUUGUGGUAUUUUUGUGCAAUCUAAAUUGUGAAUUUUAUUUUAAGAGGAAGAAGUUUUUUUUUAGACUGAAUUGUUUACCAUCAUAUUUCUCACUGUUUUUUUUGUUUAAUUUCUUUUUUACCAUAAACAUCUGUAAAAAAGAAAAUCUAAUUCAGCUGGCAGGUACUGUAUAUCUGAGCUGUUUUUGUGCAAACUGAGUUUGAAUGUAAUUUCAAGACCUUGAAUGCAAGACAUUGAAUAUUCGAUUUACUAAUUUGUUGAUGAUUACAAAAAAAAAAUCUGUUAGAAAUACUAAUUCAAACUCAGAUGGCAGAGAUAUACUUCCACACUCCUGUAUCUAUUUCUUCCCGUUUAAUUUGAGUGCAAAAAUUGACCCUAUAUUUGGUCAAAGUUGUGUCUCGUAAUACUGCCCCACCAUGAAUUUUGUUAUUGUUACUACAGAUGUAUUGUUCAAUUCAGACAGUGAACCCAGGGAACUGGGACAACAUAGUGUUUGUAGCAAAUGCAAAUUAGCAUUCGCUACAACCACUAUGACACUUGCAUGUAUUUUAUUUUCAGUUGUCUUUGUUUUUAUUUAUUUUGAAAUCUGUCUCUCUACCCACACACAUACACACACACACAAUUCCAAAGACCUCAUGUCAUCAGUCCCUUGGCACAAGAUGUCAACUGCACACUUUCUGCCAUUAUGAAGUAAAAACUACCAUUAUGUUCUUUCCAUAAAAUGUGUUCUUUCUGCCAGUGAAAUGAAGCAAACAUAGACCAUUCCAAAAAAAAAAAAAAAAAAAGUAUAUUUUUAUUAUGAUCUCAUUUAUGUGUAGACUGAUCAGCAUAGAUACACUAUUAUUUCUAUUUACACGUUGUAAGAAGUGGGCAUCUGUGUAAUGAAAACAAAGAACUGCUGUUCUCGGAAACACAUUCAUAGUUCAGAGCAGAAAGAAACCGCGAAUGUAUGUGAAGUGUUGGGGCUUUGAAGGGGGGGUUGAACUAAAGCCUCUGUUUGCAUCUCAGUAAGCGAAUGUAAGGCUUCAGGUCACAGGCAAGGCAAACUAUGUCAACACUGUUUCUAGUGAAGAUGUAAACAAACCAAAUGCAAUCCGCAUUAUUCAUAACUACAGCACGAGGCAGCUCAAGGAUAGUCGGAUAUUAAAUGUGCACUCUUAAUCAGUCUCCCUCUUGACUGUAUUAGGCUCCAAUUACACUGAUUUGGUGAGUUACUACAUCAGUCAAGAAAUUGUGUCAAUUAAUUUGAUUGCUUUCAAUCAGCAAAGUAUCUAGAUAUAGUAGUUUACUAUUUUGAUUGCAUUCCCCUUUUUAGACAGAUCUUUUUCUCUUCAGUGGAUAUAAAAAGUCUACACACCCGUGUUCAAUUGCCAGGUUUUUUUUUUUUCUGUGAUGAUGAGACCAAGAUAAUUUUAAAAGCUUUUUCUGCUAUUAAUAUGUAUGACAUCUAUUAAAGCAUCAAGCUACGGGCUUGUUUAUGUUCAGUUGGAAGUUGUAACUGGGACAGUUAUUAUGAACAGUUUGAAAAUACAAGUCAGAAAAAGCUUACUAAAACAGCUCAAUCUUUUUUAGUGGUGACAGGUGUGCGCUGACUCUCAUUUAACACGGCUUUGAAUGUGAUUGGUUAAUUCUCAACUCAGCCAGAUCCCCGUUUAUAAGAGGGUGUGCACACUUGUGCAAACAAAUGAUCUCUAUCCCUCUCAAAAAAAGAUGUAUUUUUCUCCAACUGAGAUGUACAGGUUAUAGGUCACAUUAAUGCUCUCAUUUUCCAUAUCACGAAAACCUGACAUUUGAACAGGGGUGUGUAGACUUUACAUAUCCAUUCUCCGAAUGUGAAUAGCGCAGCCAAGUCAUUGAAAACAAAUCCAAGCUUUUCAGAGGUCAGGGGCAAAAAAUGCAUCCGUGGUGUUGUACUCAGGAUACAUCAUAACGACACCGACAUGAAUGCGAGUAUUACUACGGUGGUUACUAGCUAGCCACUGGAAGCCAGAUUGAGGUUGAGAUCAAUGAUUAUUGUUUGUAGUCUUUUGACUGCGGGUUUAGUUCACCAAUGAUCAUCAGAUUAUUCCGUGAAAAGACCUUAAAAGUUACACUCCACAUUUUAUCCUCAUUCCAAGAUGCUCACUUUUCACAAAAACAAUUUCUUGAGACCAAAAGUCACCAUAGCAGCAAGGAAGAGGAGAUCUGCUGUCAACAUGUGGACGAACAGCCCCGAAAUGCUUUUUACUGCUGGACGCGUAUAUUCUUGAAUGAGAUCUCGAAGACAACAUUUUUUUUCUUCUUUUUUCCCCACAUAGGGUAAUCAUUAUCGUCUGUCUCUAGGUAAGGAACAAAAAAAGUGGGAAAAAAAUGUGAAAAUCUGCUGAUACAAUAUCAAAUUAAGCAAAAAGGACAUUCACUAUUAAAUCAUCUUUGUGACAUAUUGUAUUGUCAACACGUCUUUUCGUCUCUGUGUCAAACUAAAACUCUUGUAAUUGCACAUUUAAUUCUAUAUAUCCUUAUAAUAGAGCUUAUUGGGGAUAUAGCUUUAUUUUAUAUCCUCAGAUUUAAAACAAAUAAGAAUAAAU